GCGAGCCUCGGCGCCUGCGCGAAGCAGCUCGAGCAAGUCCUCACUGUCCCGACAGGAUGGGCAAGGUUGAACGAGGUCGUGAACCCUUCGCGCCACAUCCGAAUGGCAAUUGCUCUGCGGCAGCCCAAUAUUGCCAACUUGGAGUCCAAGAUGACAGCCAACGGCAACCAUCUGUCUUUGGAUGAAAUCCGUGAAUUGCAGGCUCCGGCGCAAAAGGACAUUGACGAUGUGCUACAUUGGCUCUCACAGAACGGCAUCUCUGGCACCGUCAAGAACGACUUCAUUCACAUCAGAACGACAGUCGCCAAAGCCGAGCCCUUGCUGAACAUGAAGCUGAGCCGUUACUCAUUUGAGGGCAAAAAGCCUGUACUUCGUACCACCAAAUAUACAGUCCCCGACUCCAUUGCCGACGCCAUCAGCUUUAUCCACCCCUUGGCCAACUUCAUGUCGGCUCGCCAUACUGCACAGGUCGUGUCUGCACCAGCGCUAUCAGCGUCCAAGGCCGUACAAGAUGCACAAGACGAGGCAUUUUGCGCCGGUGGUGUCGAGCCCGCGUGCCUUCUCCAGCUCUACAACAUCACAUAUUCGCCAGAGAACAAUAUCUCGCCCGUCAUUUUUGGUGUGGCUGGUUUCCUCGAGGAGAAUGCCAAUCUGCAGGAUCUGCAGCAGUUUCUCAGCACAUCUGCGCCUGAAGUCGCCAAAGCCGGCCGCUCCAUCAACGUCGAGCUGAUUAAUGGAGGCGUAAAUUCGCAAAACCUAUCCGAAGCCGGCGGAGAAGCUGCCCUGGACGUCGAUUAUGCUGUAUCGAUUGGCUUCCCUACGAAUGUUACAUACUACAUUACCGGAGGACGCGGAGUCAAGCUGAAUGAUAACGGGACGGCAAUCGUAGGGGAGGAUGACGAUAACGAGCCCUAUUUGGAGUUCUUUGAUUAUCUCCUCGACAAGCCCGAUGGCCAGGUUCCUCAUGUACUGUCGCUCUCAUACUCGGAUGACGAGUUGACGGUCCCUCGCGAUUAUGCAGAGCGCGUUUGCAACUUGUUUGGCCUGCUCACGGCUCGUGGAACCUCCAUCAUCUUCGCAUCCGGCGACGGCGGCGCUCGAGGAGGUCGCAACUCCAACUGUGUCACCAACGAUGGCACACACCGGCCAGUCGCAAUGGCGACGUUCCCUCCCACCUGCCCCUGGGUGACUUCAGUUGGCGCUGUGGAAAAUAUUGUUGAGCCGCCCAGCGGCGCCAGCUUCAGCACCGGCGGAUUCUCCCAGUAUUUCUCCCGGCCAGCGUGGCAAGAAGCCGCGGUGACGGGCUACAUCAAGACCCUGAAUGGACACCUGGAUGGACUUUACAACCCGUCUAUGCGUGCCAUUCCCGAUGUCGCCGCAGUCGGCACUGAUUUCAUGGCCAUCGUAGGCGGACAGACGCAUUAUCUGCAAGGCACCAGCGCCAGCACUCCCCUAUUCGCGUCCCUCAUUGCCUUGAUCGACGACGCAAGGCUGCGUGCCGGAAAGAAGCCUCUGGGGUACCUCAAUAGUGUUCUUUAUUCAGACAAGGUCAAGUCUGUUCUGCAGGAUAUCACGUCAGGGCAGAGCGCCUCUUGCAUCGUCAACGGAACGAGGCCUGGAGGAUGGCCGGCGGCUGUGGGCUGGGACGCCAUUACCGGGCUUGGGGUGCCGAAAGAGUUUGACAAGCUGCUAAAGUCUUUAUUUACCAUUCCCUCGGCCACCGUAAACAUCAACAGUCGCAUCUCCUUCUUCGGCAUAUUCUCACCGGCAGCCGGCCUCGCUCAGUCUCUCAAGAUGCCUACGCAACACGUCGAGCCGGAGUCUCACGAUCUUCUUCAAGAUGUCGCCAACGCGCUGCUCAAGGCGCGAAAGGUGGUUGUUGUGACUGGCGCUGGAAUCAGUACCAAUUCUGGCAUUCCGGAUUUCCGCUCCGAGAACGGACUCUACUCCCUUAUCCAAGCCCAAUUCGAUGCUGCGAACCACCAGACACGAUCGGUCGAGCGCUCCCGGACGGAUGGUACUGGCGCCGGCGCCGGCGUGGAAGAAGACGAAUCGGCGAAACGUGGAACGAGUAUAUCGCGGGAGCCUUCUCCAGAAUUGGACGAAGUUGCUCAACAACUAAGAGAAGACAUCAAGGCGCGCGCAGAAUCCGAAGCUCUGGCGUCCGGCAAGGACGCUGAUACACAACGAAUCGAGCCCGCCUCAGCUCCCGACGCGUUAAUCGAAACCCGUUCGAUCACUUCACAUCCAAAGUCUGCACUUCUUCCCGCGCCACAACUGACGACAUCUCCUCCAUCCUCUCCUCCCAGAGAGGCCUUCAUGCUUACUCCGUCAUCACUGCGAGCCCAUGGGGACCAUAUCGCCGGCGCCUCUCAUAAGCUUGUUUCGUCCCCUCUCUCUUCACCCCCGCCAGUUCUCUUCGACCCCUUCCAUCCCUCCUCUCCUUCAGAUGAAAACAUGAGCCGCCGCAGUAGCACUACACCGUCUGAAAUGGACGAAUCUCAGGAGUUGCCGUCCGCUUCCCAAACGUCCAAUGUGGCGAGGACGUCUUUGCCCAACAUGAAGGGCAAGGAUCUCUUUGACGCCUCGAUAUGGGCAGACCCUACGAGAACCUCGGUGUUUUACCAGUUUGCAACAUUAUUGAGGCAAAAAGUCCGGGAGGCCGAGCCUACAAGCUCACAUAAGUUUAUCAGUCAUCUUAGAGAUCGUGGCAAGCUCGUGCGAUGCUACACGCAAAACAUUGACCAAAUCGAGGAAAAAGUUGGCCUGUCGACAUCUCUUCUGGCCGGCCCUGGCAGUAGGGGCCGCUUCUCACGCAAGUCAACCGCAAACACGGCACAGCUCAAUAAGAUGGUCGAAGAAGUAUCCAGCGGUGAGAACAGCAGCGAUGCUGCUCCCUCUAGCAGCCAAUCACCAAGCGAGACGCCAACAAAUGCACCAGACCAGCAAUCACAGACCAGCACCACAUCAUCCCAGCCCAUUGGUAAGACGGAAGAUGAAACUACCACACCGCCAGAUCAACCCAAACCAAUCCCAAGAAAGGAGGCGCCGGCACUGCGUUCUGGUGUGGAGUGCGUCUUCCUGCAUGGCUCUCUACACCUUCUACGGUGCUUCCUUUGCGGACGAGUUUGCUCUUGGGACGACGAGGACCGCGAAGUGGAGACGCUUUCUGGCCAACAGCCUGAAUGCCCUCACUGUGUUGGUGCCACUGAGGCUCGCCAGGAAAGGGGCAAGCGUGCGUUGGGCGUGGGCAAGCUGCGCCCUGACAUUGUGCUCUACGGUGAAGAACACCCAAACGCCCACCUUAUCAGCCCCAUCGUGACGCAUGAUCUUGCUUUAUAUCCGGACAUGCUCCUGAUCCUUGGGACGAGCCUACGGGUCCACGGCCUCAAAGUCAUGGUCAGAGAGUUUGCAAAGACAGUGCACAGCAAGGGUGGCAAAGUGGCAUUUGUCAAUUUCACCAAACCGUCAGAGAGCUCCUGGGGCGACAUCAUCGACUACUGGAUCCAAUGGGAUUGUGAUGCUUGGGUAGCCGAUCUCCAAGUUCGCAUACCAAAACUUUGGCAAGACCCCGAACCGCCAAAGAUCAGGAAGAAGCGUGAAGUAGGAGGAGCCGGCGAAGAGAACAAAGAGGAGAAGAAGAAGCCGCCCGCUCAGAACCCUGUCGCCUUGCGUGACACCAAAGUGAAUGGCGCCUACUGCACGUUGAAAAUCUUGAAAGAGCUGCGAAGAAUUGCGGGCAGCCCACCACCACCACCGUCUUCUUCUUUACCGCUUCCUCUACCUAUACCUAUGCCGCCACUACAUUGCACCACGGCAGCCAUUACCGCCACCCCUGAGCUCCCUGCUCCCGCCCAAGUCGUCCCUGAAGCUGCCGUUAUAGACGCUUCACCUGUCAGCACGCCAAAAGCAAAGCCCAGGCGUUCGCGUAGGUCAGCCCCUGGAACCAUGGACAGGCCAAAGAGGACACCAUCGACAUUGAAUCCAAAUCAUGGCCGCACAAAGAAGCCCGCAGAAGAGGCCAAACAAGACGUGCCCGAGACACCUGAUCAACCCCCUUCUGUCAACACGGUGGAAGAGUUCAGCUCCAUUCUACACUCUGUCAAGUCGAAUCCCCGUAUUAGGAAGAGGAAAAUGAUUGAUGGAGAAGAGUUUGUGUUCCCUGCGGUUGGGAAGAAGCGCGCUGCAUUGGAUAGCCUGUAUAAAGGCCCUGAGGAAGAGGACAAGAAGACGCUGCCCCCUCUACGUCCAAAGCCC